CUGAAUUAAGUAACAGGUCGGUGGGUUCCGGGCUGAGAAGAAUGAGGAGGACAGUGUGGACCCCCUGUCUCCCACGUCUUCGGCACAGGUUUAGUGGAACCCCGCUAUUUUCAGCAUAUCGGUACUACCGUACUACCGUACCAGGGCCUACAUAAAAAUUCAUCCCCAAAGAAGCUUCACUUACAUCAUACCAAAUCUUCUACCUAUUAUGUAUUUCCUCAUACCCUCAUAUUCGCACCCGACCCUUUGCGAAUCAACCGCAAGCUCGCAAGAACCAGCCUAGAUCGAAUUAAUGAAUCUUCAACCCUCCUAACCCCGCCAUCGAGGCCCCGGACACAUGUCCCUAUCAACCAGCGUCGUUCGAACGCAGUCAAACGCCUUGAGCAAAGCUAACUUGCGCAUACUCCCACCUGUUGUGUAUGCUGCAUCCGCAUCUUCUGUGUGCGCCACAACGCCGACGAUAGCAUCGAGGCCUUCCGCCGCCUGUUUAAACUUAUCAUCACAUCAGGAAUUAUCUCCGAUAUGGUUCAAUUCCUCAUUUCCGAACUACAAUCUCCCGUCUCCAAGUGGGGGGAAUCCUAGCGAUGAACGGAAGGUGAAAUUAGGAAAAACUCUGCGCAUCCUCCAAGAACGACUUCCUACCCUAUUACAAUCUCCGCUACCGCAAGAGAUACUAUCCCCUCAUAUCUCUCUCCACCUAUUUCCCUCGACACAUCCAUACCUGCCCACGGUAUCGGGUAGAGUUGCAUAUAUAGCAGCAUUAUGGACCUCCCCAUUAGCCUGGAACCGAGUGCCUAUAAUCGGUAACGUGAAGCUCGAAAUCCUGUCGGAACGGAUGGUCAGCCAACCGUAUUACUCCUCCCCCAAGCGAUCCGAAGCGUACGGGGAACAGCUAGUCGUCAAAUGGAGGACGGCCGAUAGCAAGCCCAAAGACGCCGCCCUUACCAUCAAAGAAGAUGGCGAACACAAGCUCGACGACACCCUCAGGGGAACCCAGAGCGUCGGAGAAAAGAUGGCAUUCACCGGCCUAUUCAUCUUCGAGUUCGAUAAGGAUGCGCGAGUCAUAAGCCAUACGAUCGAACAUGUAGACGAGCAUGGAGAUUGGGAAAGGGGCUUGGGCGCCAGGGUCGUCGGCUUGACGGAUUGGCUCCUAGGCGGCAUUAAGGGGCGAUCAGAUAGCGGCGCCCCCGCGUUAUGCAGUAUUGUUGGUAAGGACAGAAAAAACGCACGAUAGAUUACGAUCACGGCGGUAAUACACGGGAGUUUGAUGACCCAAAAUCCCGAGGAAGCUUGUCUUAGAGUCGUUGAAGCCUGCGAUGUACAUAUGUAGUAUUAAAUAUCGUCCUGGCAU